AUGGAGCAGAUUCCCCUAAACUACGAGGCCUCUGACGGCGACACCAACAAGCAGACGACGGCCUCUCUGCCCACCGAGGUGGUUCAAUGUUUGGAGAAUGCCCGAUUUCUGCACCUGGCCACGUGUGUGAACAACGUGCCGCACGUCUCACUCAUGAAUUACACCUAUCUGCCGGAGGCCAGUCCGGUCAUCGCCAUGACGACCAAUCCGGCCAGCAAGAAGACCCACAACAUUGUGGCCAACCCAAACGUGUCUCUGCUGGUGCACGACUGGGUCUCGCACCGGCCGCUGACCCGCCGCCUGUCGACCGACAGCAACAUGGACGAUGGCAGUGGCGGCAGCCCCGGUGCCGGUGCUGGUGGUAAUGGUAGUGGCGGCGGUUCGCCGGAGCCGUCCAGCCUGGCGACGCUCCUGCUCAAUCUCAACACGGCCGCGGUCUCGUCCAUCUCGGCCACCAUCAACGGUACCGCCCGCGUGCUACCGCAGGGCUCGCCCGAGGAGGCCUACUAUCGUCAGCAGCACCUCGCCAACAACACCUUUGAUGCCGAUCCCGUCGGCCCGCAGGAGCGCCGCAUCCAUCAGCAGAUUGCCCGCGCCGGCACGUCUACGGCCGCAGACCCCCGGCCCGAGAACGGCAGCAGCCGCUUCGUCGCCGGCGAGGAGGUGCGCGUCAUCGUCGUCCACAUCCACGACGUCCGCAUCAGCGACUGGAAGGGCCAAGUCCGCGACUGGGUGCUGGCGCCGGCGCCAGGCUUGCAGACCAGUCCCGCCGCCAACGGCAUCAUCGGAGGUCACUAG